AUGGAUUUCGACGCAAUCUUGGAAGACGUGGGCUCGUUCGGACGUUACCAGAAGCUUGUCAUCUAUCUGAUCCUACUCCCAGCCGUCAUACCUUGCGGCUUCCAUGCGUAUGCGCAAUUGUUCAUGGCAGCUAACGUGGAACACUGGUGUAGGGUUCCUGAACUCAAUAUUAUAUCGGACAUAAAUCUGGUCAAGAAUCUGAGCAUCCCCAUGGAGCUCAAGAAUGGAGUACUACAGUACUCAGAGUGCAGUAUGUACAAUCUAAACUACAGUGAUAUCGCCAAGAGCUACCAGACCCUAGACGAUAUAGCUCUAAUACAAUCUUCAUCGGAAACUAUACCCUGUACCAAAGGGUGGAAUUACAAUAGAAAUAUAUAUAAGAAUACCGUCGUCACUGAGUGGGACCUCGUCUGCAACAAAGACUUUUUGCCGACUCUUGGCUUAGUCCUUCUUGCUGUAGGAGGCAUCGUCGGCAAUUACAUCUUCGGCUACCUUCAGGACUCAUUUGGGAGAAAACCAGCGUUCUUCAUCUAUCUUCUCAUUGAGUGCAUCUUCGGAGUGGCAACUGCCUUUGCCCAAAACUAUAUAAUUUGGAUAAUUUAUAGAAUCGGUGUGGGAUUCACCGUACCAGCGAUUAUGACCACGCCUUACGUGCUAGCUAUAGAACUUGUAGGCCCACGAAGUAGAACACUAUGCACAAUUCUCUCAAACAUAGCUUAUUCAACUGGCCUGAUUCUGCUUGCGGGCGUGGUGUAUCUAGUCAGAGAUUGGCGUCAUCUAGCACUUGCCACCACACUACCAUUCGUGUGCUUCUUCUUAUACCUGUGGCCAAUGCCAGAAAGCCCACGAUGGCUUCUAGCAAGAGGACAGUUUGAAAAAGCCGAAGUUAUCUUGAGGAAUAUGGCACAAAUCAAUGGUAAAUCCUUACCAGCAAAUUACAUGGUGCAGCUUCAUCGUAAAUACGAAACAGACAAACUAAACCAAGACAAAGAAAGUGCCAAAUCGAGGAAGUAUGGUAUCUUGGAUCUCUUCAGAACACCCAAUUUAAGAAAGAAAACCAUAAUUAUAACAUUUAUUUGGUUCACGAAUACUAGUGUUUAUGUUGGGUUGUCGUACUACGCGCCCAUUUUGGGUGGAGACGAAUUCUUAAAUUUCUUUCUGGCUGGUAUUGUUGAGCUACCUACAUAUUUAUUUCUGUGGCCUUCUAUGGAGAGACUUGGAAGGAGGUGGACUUUGUGUAUGAGUAUGGUUGUCGGGGGAAUAGCAUGUUUGACGACAUUUUUGGUUCAGCAUGAAACUUACGUUACUUUGGCCCUAUAUUGCGUUGGUAAGAUGGGAAUAUCAUCGUCAUUCGUAGUACUACCUCUAAUGGCGUCAGAGUUGUAUCCAACCGUCGUGAGAGGACUCGGUAUGAGCUUGAGCUCAGUACUUGGGAUGCUGGGACCUAUCUUCAUACCGCUGGUUAAUUAUUUGGGUUCCGACAUCAUGGUACUCCCACUGAUUAUUAUGGGAGCUCUACUUGUAGCGGGGGGUAUUGCUAGCUUACUUCUGCCGGAAACCCUUAAUCAACAUCUGCCACAGACUUUAGAAGAUGGUGAGAAAAUGGGUCUAGACACUGACUUCUGCUGUAAUCCACCAGUUAAAGAAACUAAAACUCACACUAAGGCAGUUGCUAAAGAUAGUGUUGUAGAACACGGUGUAUGUACUUCUUGCAGUGCCCUAUGUUCCUGUCAAAUAGUGAAUGUAUCCCUAGCAGAUAAUAUAGCUGCUGUAAUUGAAAAAAAUAGUGAAAAAGUCGACUUUAUAAUAGUUAAGUGA